AUGCGCCAUCCGACUCAGACUGCAUUGACUAAUAUCGCUUCUCGACAAAAAUCAGAUGCAAAUGCUACUGCCCCUAAUUCCUCCGCCGUGAAUACAAUUAGUAGCUCUGAUACUUUAGGGGUUCAUGUUGCCCCUAGGCUAGCCGAUUGGCUAGCCUUCAAUGCCCAAUUGACUCAGUUGCAGGCUCAGCUGAGAGCGAACGCGACCGAUGGCUCAUCUCCCCACUUAGGGCCUCAGGUUCCUGUACCAGGGGAGGUCGCUGUUUCCGGUUGCCCACUAUUUACUUACGUCGAAGGGUGCCUGGUGCGUGCUCUUCGUCAAGGCGACUGGGUACUUUUAGAUGAGAUUAAUUUGGCCCCCACAGACCUUCUAGAUGGGCUAUCUGGAAUGCUUGAAUCGCGGCAUGGUAGUAUCAUCCUUACCGAUCGAGGGUAG